GUAGUUUUAAGUAGUAUAAAAGCGGCGACUUAGCACAAAUCAGCAUCCAGUUCAGUGUCUGGAACCGCACAGUUGCGCAUCGUGGUUUCGCUAACCAGUCCGUCGCUGAGUCGCAAUGAAGUUUUUUAUCUGUCUGUCGGCGCUUUUGUUGGUUUCGGCUAGUGCCGAAUCAGAGCAAAAGAAGUCCGCAGCCGAUGGUAAGGCCGCCGUCCCGCUCGAGAAGAAGCUGGACAAACGAGGCCUGCUGAGUCUCGGCUAUGGCUACGGCAUUAAUGGGCUAGACGUGGGCUACAUCGGUGGUGGCCAUCUUGGUGGUGCGUAUCAUGAGGCGCACGAUCACCACUACGGCCAUGGAGUGUAUUUGGGUGGACACACGGACGUUACCAAAACGGUAACGCUCCUCAAGGGAGUCCCAGUGCCGUACACCGUCGAGAAGCACGUCCCGUACACGGUUGAGAAGCAUGUGCCGUACCCGGUGAAGGUACCGGUCCCACAGCCCUACGAAGUUGUCAAACACGUCCCCGUUCACGUGAAGGAGUACGUUAAGGUCCCGGUUCAUGUGCCACAGCCUUACCCGGUCGAGAAGAAGGUUCCCUAUCCGGUGCACGUUCCGGUCGAUCGUCCUUACCCCGUGAAGGUGUUUGUGCCGCAGCCGUACGAGGUGACCAAGCAUGUCCCGUACCCCGUCAAGGUGCCAGUCCCGCAGCCCUACGAAGUGACCAAGCAUGUGCCCGUGCCGGUGAAGGUAGAAGUCCCGGUCCCGGUGCCGUACACCGUCGAGAAGAAGGUCCCGGUCCCGGUGAAGGUCCCGGUUGACCGUCCUUACCCCGUCCAUGUGCCAGCUCCCUACCCAGUCGAGGUGGAGAAACCUGUCCCGUACACGGUGGAGAAGCCUGUCCCGUAUGAGGUGAAGGUGCCCGUCGAUCGUCCGUACCCAGUGCCAGUGGAGAAGCCCGUCCCGUACCCGGUCAAGGUGCCCGUCCCGAAGCCGUACUACGUCGAGAAGCACGUUCCGUACACGGUCGAGAAGCCAGUCCCGUACCCGGUCAAGGUUCCGAUCGACCGUCCGUACCCCGUCACGGUUGAGAAGCACAUCCCAGUCGAGAAGCCAGUCCCGGUUCCGGUGAAGGUGCCGGUGGCAGUGCCGGUCCCCGUACAUCACGACCAUCACCAUCACCAUCUGGAGCAUGUGCACGAACCGCAUCACCAUCAUCACGAUGUGAGCUACACCAGCUUCAGCGGUUACGGACACGACUACAGCUACCACCAUUAGGGAGAAGCGUCUAAAAGCGUUUCAAAGGUGGAAGGACAUUUGUACCAUAAAGGUUGGACUCUCGGGUAUGAUUGCCCAACGUUCUAAUUGCACCUCCGUACAGAUCGUUAAGGAGCACCUACCAACUCUCGAAGCACGCCACGUAUCUGGGUGAUGCUUCGCUUGAAUAGCUAUUAUCAUCAUCGAAAGUCACGUAUCUUUCUCUACACAUAAAUCACAUCCUCACUGCUCACUCUUUCCUAUCAAAAUAUUCUCAGCUCUCAUAUACUCAAAAGCGAAAGGAUUCGCUUUUUUCGUACCACACACUCACACACACACACAAACAAAUCCACAUUCGAUCCCUUUUUUCAGGGUUCGAGUUAGUUGUGCACCCGAUGUGAUAAUGUAAAACGUACAUGCACUGCCGUCAUUUCUAUCUGUCCGUUACGCACUGUUCGGUGGAACAGCUUUCGACGCACCGUAACAAAAAUGGCCCACAGCCUGUCAGCCUACGCCGGAUGCACACACACACCCACACGAUGGAGACGCCCAAUUCGCUACACACGCGAGAGAGUGAAGCCAAAAAAAUGUGCUGAAUGUACAGAAGAUCGAUCGAGUGAGAUCGUUUGGAUGGACUCACCGAACCAUAAUUGUGCUGUAUAAUUUUGGAUCGCUUUUAACGCUCCUUGGCUUAAAGAGGAGCGUCAACGCUUUUUUGACAUUUUUGUGAAAAAAAUAGCCAAAAAACACACACAGACACCGUUCUUUAGAGAGAGAAAAAAAAUAUGGGAAAACGAUAAUCCUCCAACGAUCAGCACGGCCAGUGAAACGUUUCAACGAUAACCCGGGGGGCGCGAUCGGGUGUGCAUCUGCGUGAGGCUGACACCGUACAAGGGCACGAUGUACUUUUUUUAUAUUAUAUUUUAUUGUAAAUAAGACGAAAAAUAAAACGAAACAAAGAUUGUUGUACAAAAAUCAAA